CCCCCCCCCCCCUCCUCCUGCAGCGCCCUUUCUCUCUGCAUCUUUCCUGGAUUUUUUUUUCCUCUUGUCGAACGCCUGAAAAGGGUGGGGCCACUUGCCUGCAGUAGAGAAGGAGGUGGAGGCGGUGGCUACAUCACUGGGAGCCCACAGCAGCUGCAAUGCUGAGUCUCGGCUGGCGGUGAGCGCUUCCCAGGCCUGCUGAGCGGCCAGCUGCAGAGGUUCGCCGGCUACAGAGAGACUGGAGCUCUGUCCGCAGACCUGACUCCUGGCCCUGUCUCUGCGCCAUGGCUUAAGUCAGCAGCCACCUCGCCUAUUCGCCUGGCUCGGUCAGGGUCUGCACACCGCCGCCGCUGCAGCCGCAGCCGCAGCCGCAGCCGCAGCCGCAGGGAGGGGCGCGCCCCAGACGUGCUUGCCAGGGACUCACGGACACCAGUGUCAGCCUUCGGUGCCGGCAGCAGACUGCGCUCCUCAGACCUUUGCAGGCGGCUCCCGGGGCCUGUGCAACCGCGAAUCUAGGGACUUGACAGACUUCAUCUCCGUCUCCACCUUGCGGGUGCUUUCCGAGGGAGAAGGGCGAGGCAUUCAGGGCCCCCCGAAAGCAACGGAGGGAGCCAGAUUAAGUGGCCAAGGGUCAGGAGACUCAAGGGAGAUCAGAGACUUGCUUUAGUGACACGGGAAGAAAGCGGCUCCGCUUCGCAGCCAGCACCAUGGCGUGGCCUUGCAUCACAAGGGCCUGCUGCAUCGCUCGCUUCUGGAACCAGCUGGACAAGGCGGACAUCGCCGUGCCCCUGGUUUUCACCAAGUACUCGGAGGCUACCGAGCACCCGGGCGCCCUGCCGCCGCAGCCGCUGCCUCAGCCGGUUCCCGCGCUCCCCUCGGCGCGAGCGGUCGCCAUAGAGACGCAGCCGGCCCAGGCCGAGUUGGAUGCAGUUGCCCGAGCAACAGGGUCAGCGCCCGGGCCCAGCGCCGAACGUGAGGCGGCGGGUGCCUAUGGCCGGGGUGGGUCUGGCGCGGGUCCGAGCUCCAGCUCCACUUCCGGCGGCGGGCCCGCGGACUCGGUGAUGCGCCAUGACUACCGCGCCUGGAAGGUGCAGCGGCCGGAGCCAAGCUGCCGGCCGCGCAGCGAGUACCAGCCCUCCGAUGAGCCCUUCGAGCGGGAGACCCAGUACCAGAAGGACUUCCGCGCCUGGCCGCUGCCGCGCCGCGGGGACCAUCCCUGGAUCCCCAAACCGGUGCAGAUGCCGCCGGCCUCCCAGGCGGCACCAGCGCCAGGGCUCGGGGCUCCUAAGCGCCGGCCACAGAGCCAAGAGCGCGGGCCCGCGCAGGCCGCCUCGGAUGCAGCCGAGCAGGAGGCGGCCCCUAGCGGAGCGGGUGGCCCUGCGGCGGGAAAGCCCUCCGGCGGGGACGAGCGCGACACCCGCAAGAAGGCCGGGGCCGCCUGGAUGCUGCGCCGCGCCGAGGGGGUGGGGUUCGAGCAGACACCACUGCCUGUGACCCAGGCCCAGGGCCCGGCGCCAAGCCAGGCUGCCGGCCCCGAAAGCGGCAAGGGGCGCGCCGCGGCGGACGCGCUCAACAGGCAGAUCCGCGAGGAGGUGGCCAGCGCGGCGGGCAGUUCCUACAGGAAUGAAUUCAGAGCAUGGACGGACAUCAAGCCUGUGAAGCCAAUAAAAGCUAGGUCCCAGUAUCGGCCCCCGGAUGACAAGAUGGCUCACGAGACCAGCUAUAGUGCCCAGUUUAAAGGCGAAGCCAAUAAGCCAACACCAGCUGACAAUAAGGCCAUUGAUCGCAGGAGAAUACGCAGCCUCUAUAGUGAACCUUAUAAAGAAUCCCCAAAGGUGGAGAAGCCUACCAUUCAGAGUUCCAAGCCAAAAAAGACCUCAGCAACCCACAAGCCCCCAAGGAAGGCCAAAGAGAAGCAGGUGGUAUCUGGCCAAUCCUCCAAGAAAAAGAGUGUGGAGGCCCCUAGUCCCACCCAGCCUGAAGACAAGGAGCAAAGUAAAGAGAUGAACAAUAAACUGGCUGAGGCUAAAGAGAGCCAGGUGGAGCCCACCAGGGAGUCACAUAAGAACCGAGGUCCUGUAGCCACAGGGCCAGACAAGGACCAAGGGCCUGUGAGCCUGGGGCCACUCAAAGGUCAAGGGCCUGUGAUCCAAGAGUCCCCAAAGGAGCAAGGCUCCCUGCCUCCAGAGCCCCUGAAGGAUCAAGCUCUUGUGAUCCCACGGCCUCUGAAGGAUGUAGGGCCCGUGAUUCCAGCACCAGUUAAGGAACCUGGUCACAUGGUCUCAGAAUCUCUAAAGGAUUCAGGUUCUGUGAUCUCAACACCGGUCAAGGGCCAAGAACCCUCAACUUGGGUGCUUCCAAAGAAUCCAAGCCCAGUGGUCUCAGCAGCAACUAAGGAUCAAGGAUCCAUAGCUCCAGAGCCUCCAAAGGACCAAGGUCUUGUGGUCCCAGCACCAGUCAAGGACCAAAGCCCUUUGGCCCCGGAGCAUUUGAAGGAUCAAAGAGUCAUGGUCACAGCACUAGUAAAGAACGAGGUUCCUGUGGCCCCUGAGCCCAUAAAGAAGCAAGAUGGAGUGGCCCCAGAGCCAUCAAAGGAGUGGGGCAGAGAAGCCCCAGAGCAACUGAGGGAUCCUGCGGCAUCUGUAAAGAAUCAUGGGCCCGUGUUCCCUCUAUCUGUCAAGGAUCAAGGCCCUGUGGUCCCAGAACCUCCAAAGAAUCAAGGGCCUGUGCUUCCAGCACUAGGCAAAGGGCAAGACCCCAUGACCCCAGACCCUCCACGGAAUCCAAGUUCUGACCCUGUGAAGAACCAAGUCCCUGUAAUCCCAGUGCCUCUGAAUGGUCUCGAGCCUCUGGUGCCACUCACAACAAAGGACCAAGGUCCUGUGGUCUCUGAACCUCUGAAGACUCAAGGUUCCAGGAGCCUGCAGCUGCCCACUGUCUCACCUCCACCCCCAGUCAAGAUUCCAACUGUCCCCCACUCAGAAUAUAUUGAGGGUUCCCCUUGAGGCUUCCCCUAGACAUACAAAGGGAGGGGCUAGCUGUGAACGUGCUCCCUGCAUGGACAGUGAAGAAAUAUAUUUAAUCUGCAUGAUAUAUGUACUAUAGUCUUGCUGGAAUCUAAUAAAACUGGUCCCUG